UGGUAGAAGGGGCGCAUGUCUCUGCAUCUGCUGGGCAGCGCCGCGCUAUUGAUCUUUUCAGCCCCACGCAGUCAUCUGGCUCUACUCACCAUCUCAACAACAAAGACCGAGGCACAUCGUCCUGCAUGGUGCCCUUGGAGCUGCAUGGCCGCGUCGAUCGCCAAAGGAUGGCGUGACCCGCUGAUCCUUGUCCUCCUUGUCUGCGGAGCGCAGGCCGUCCAAAUUGAAAGAAAGCAAAUCGACACGACACCACUCAAGGAGUCUGGAGUUCCCAUAAUUUGGGUUCUCGGCGGUCCCGGCUCUGGAAAGGGCACUCAGUGUGAACGCAUUGUGGCCAAGUAUGGAUUCACACACUUGUCAUCGGGCGAUCUGCUUAGGGCAGAGGUCGCCUCAGGGUCGUCCAGGGGCCAACAACUCAACGCCACCAUGGAGCUCGGAGAACUUGUGCCUCUGGAAGUGGUACUGGACCUGUUGAAGGAAGCAAUGGUUUCCAAACUGUCAGAAUCGAAAGGCUACCUCCUGGACGGAUACCCCAGGGAGGCAGCUCAGGGCGAGCAGUUUGAAAGAGAGGUGGCCCCCUGCAGCCUGGUGCUCUUUUUCAACUGCACGGACGCCACUUUAACAGAGCGCCUUUUGAAGAGAGGUCAAAGCUCUGGACGAGUUGACGAUAACGAGGAGACCAUCAAGAAGAGGCUCAACACCUUCCACCAACACUCGCGACCUGUCAUUCAGAAUUACGCCUCAAAAUGCAAAGACAUUAAUGCCGAGCGUGCUCCAGAUGAGAUUUUCAAAGACGUCGAGGCCAGCAUCGACGCUCUUCUGGCUGCCAAAGCUUGAUUUUGCCCAAAUAGUGAGAACACCAAAGAUUCAUUCACCGAUAUUAACAUAAAUCAAAUUUGCAUGUAGCAUCACUAAAUUUUGCCAGAAAAUCAAAGGCGAGAUUAUUGUCACGUGUGGUUGUCACAUAUUGAAUUCCUAUCAAGUUCGCUUUGAGAAAAUCCGCAUUGCUUGUCAUUUAUUCACUUUAUUGUUGGAAAAUGCACACGUUAUUUAAAUAGGAAACCACUAGGACAAGUGGUAUUUUGUUGAAACGUUGAAUUUUAUUGUUAUUAUGUGAAAUUAUACAAAUUAACUAGAAAUGAAA